AAGCAGAUCACGCACAGUCACGCCCGGACACGCACUAGAGCGCGCGGGAUGCGUGCAAUCUGACGAACAGCGGCUUGCUACAACAGAGAAUCAGCAUCAUGACCAGGUCUGUACAGGAGGAGCAGGAGUCAGUGGAGUCGGAGCAGCAGGAGGAGCUUCACAGCCCCAUUGAAGGAGGAGAAGAAGGAGGCCAAGAAGAGCAGGAGGACAGCCUCCACCAUCUUGAGGAGGAAGAGGAGGAGGACGAUGAGGAGGAAGAGGAGGACGAUGACGGCGAAAACAAACCCAAGAGGCGAGGGCCGAAGAAGAAGAAGAUGACUAAGGCUCGAGUUCAGAGGUUUAAGGUCCGUCGGAUGAAAGCUAACGCCCGCGAGAGGAACCGCAUGCACGGGCUGAACGAUGCUCUGGAGUGUCUGCGGAAAAUCGUCCCUUGCUACUCCAAAACCCAGAAACUGUCCAAGAUCGAGACGCUCCGCCUCGCCAAGAACUACAUCUGGGCCCUCAGCGAGGUCCUGCGCUCUGGCAAGGCGCCCGACGUCAUGAGCUUCGUCCAGGCCCUCUGCAAAGGUCUGUCUCAGCCGACCACUAACUUGGUGGCGGGCUGCCUGCAGCUGAACCCUCGAACUUUCCUGCCGGAGCAGAUGCCCGACCUGCCGGUCCACCUCCCCACCGCCGGCGCUGCCACCUAUCCCGGACACUACUACCAGAGCCCCGGGCUGACGGCCGGCCUGCCCAGCCCGCCCUACGGCACCAUGGAGCCUUCCCACAUCUUCCACCAGGUCAAAGGUCAGCCCUAUGGCCCACUGGAGCCCUUCUUUGAUGGCGUCCUGGUGUCGGACGGCCCGGCGUUUGACCCGCCCCUCAGCCCGCCGCUCAGCAUCAAUGGGAACUUCUCGUCCUACAAGCACGAGGCCGCGGCGGCUGCCGACUACGACAAGAGCUUCUCCUUCAGCGUGCACUACGGAGGAGCAGGAGGAGCCGGCGGGCACCCUGCCAUCUACGGUGGCGGGGGGUCCAACACGCGGUGCAGCGAGCUCCAGGUGGACGGGCUGAUGGGCUUUGAUGGACAGACGCACCACGAGCGGAUGAUGAACGCCCAGCUGAACGCCAUCUUCCACGACUCCUGAGGAGGACGAAGGACUGAGAGACCGACGAAGACAGAGAGACGAACAGAGACAGUUAUCUAGAGAGACAGACAGUUCUAUGUAUGUCUAUCGUUCCAUAGCUGUCUUUCUUUCCGUCUUUCCUUUCUUUCUGCUCUACGAUGGCGAUGACAAAGUCACGCUGAUGAUGUAACCUUCUCUGUAGCGCUUCAUCCUGCAGGAGAUGCCCUCUGAAUGUCUCGUUAUUAUCCAUAUUAUCACCUAAAAAUAAUCACUAAUCAAUGAGCAAUAAUCUGAAGGAAACUAUGCAAUUUUGUUCAAGCCUGAGCGACCCUCAGUUGAUAAUUCCAAAUGUUGAAAGAAUAAAGAUUUCUCUAUUUUUGGGUGUGUAAGGCGGCUCUGAGCCGGGGUUUGGGCCGGUGUCGAGCCAAAAUAUUCAUGUUGUUCAUGUGGUUUUUACUUUUUGCUUUUUAUAACGUUCCUGUAGCGUUCUGUUAACUUUUCAUGUGACUCUUGUUCAUAUUUUAUAAGAUAGAUGUUUAUAAAGGCCUUUCAUUAAAAGGAAUUCCAUGUGAUUCAACUGAGAGACUCUGUUCAUCAGCAACAACACAACAGAUCACCUUCCUUCGGUCCGCUUCACUGUGCUUGUGAACGGUUUCUUCCAGGUUAGUUCAGUCCCCUUCAGGCCAGUUUGGUCGAGUUCCCUUCAAUCGAAUUCAACUCC